AUGAGGUCUGCUCCACCACCGCCCACGCCCGCUGCCGGCAAUCCUUUUGAGGCACAGGAAUAUCAAGUCCCCCAAGGCUCUCGGCCAAGUACUAUUGGGGGCUCCUUGGAUACAUCGAGCGACUCGUCUCUACCCUCUCCCCCUGCCGCGACUGCCUCUCCGGCAUCCCUACGAGGUCAUGAUCAAUUGCCUCCCCGUCCCAUUCGCUCAGAGGAUUCUGACCUUGAGAUUAACCCUGUUCCGGCUGUGGCUGGGCGGCAGCCCCAGACAGAUGCCAAAGCAGAAAUCCUCAAUGAGAAAUCCAGUCCCUUCAACUCGGACCCAGAGUCAAGUGGCACUCCAGGAAAGUUCACCAUCAAGGACAAGAAUGAGGCCGACAAUUUUCAACCGACGGCUUCAUCAGCCGAGGCAAAGAAAAAGUCUCGCAACCCCUUCAAGCGGACUUACCAUUGGAUGCGACGCACGUACUGUCCCAUCGAAGAGCCGCCCUUGGUCCUCCCAAGCUGCCCGACAGAUUCUGAGAAGCUGUCCUAUGUCCACACGAACCGGGUCCCACUGUACAUAUUCGGAAUCUUCUCCUUCCUCUCCUUGUCAGCAGGCAUGUGGCUCUUCUCCCUCUGCGCAACCCCCUUCUACUGGUACGGCGCCUUCGUCGGCUUCCUCAACAUCUACCUCUUCAUCAGCUACCUGGUCGGCGUGGUCGGCAAGGACUGGGACUACGAGGCCCACAAGCAGAGGGUCGAGCGGCACCCCAUCACCGCCGAGACGGCCCCCACGGUGGACAUCUACCUCCCCGUGUGCGCCGAGGAGGUCGAGAUCCUGGACAACACGUGGGCCCACGUCACGCGGCUCGACUGGCCAGCGGACAGGAUCCAGGUGCACGUCAUGGACGACGGGGCCAACCCGGUGGUCCGCCAGCUGGCAGAGCGCUACGGCUUCAACUACACCGUGCGCGAUGACCGCCCCCGGCUCAAGAAGGCGGGCAACCUGCGGUGGACGUUCGCGCGGACGAGCGGCGACUUCUUCGCCAUCUUCGACGCGGACUUUUGCCCGCGCCCGGACUUUUUGAAGGAGCUGAUGGUCGAGCAGCUGGACGACGGCGAGGUCGCCAUCGUGCAGAGCCCGCAGUUCUUCCGCGUCACGGACGAGCAGACGUGGGUGGAGCAGGGGGCUGGCGCGACGCAGGAGCUGUUCUACCGUGUUGUUCAGGUCAACAGGAACAGGUGGGGUGCGAGUAUCUGCGUAGGGAGUAAUGCGCUGUAUCGUCGUGCUGCUCUUGAGGAGGUCGGCGGUACGGCGGAGAUUGGGUUCUCCGAGGACGUGCACACUGGAUUUGGUGCCGUUGAUAGAGCAGAUGCGAUGGGCUCGUGGAAGUACUACACUCCUUACCAACGGUCACUUCUGGGUGUCGAAGUUGACCUUAAUGCAGAAAGCUUUCUGUACUACUCAGCCGUCUCUCUCGGCAUCUUCAUCUCCCCCAUCCCAGGAAUCCUCCUCCUCUGGUUCCGCCCGGAGUGGUUCAAGUACUACAACCUCGCCUUCGCCGUGCCGUCGCUGUUCUACGGCCUGGUCAUCUUCCGAGUCUGGUCCAAGGCCUCGUACGGCAUGAACGUCCAGCACAUCAUGCUGAUCCAGUCCUACGCCUACCUGACCGCCAUCAAGGACCGCCUCUUCAACAUCGAGCUGAUGUGGGCCGCCUCCGGCGACGCCAAGGCCCACAAGAGCCACAAGUACCGCAACAUGCGCAUCCUCUGCUGGGUCUGGAGCAUAGCCACCUUCGGCGGCAUGGUCAGCGCCGUGACUUGGAGGCUCACCCAUGGGUUUGAGUGGUACAACCCGAUUCCGUUGAUUGUGUUGAACCUUUACAAUCUCUAUGUUGCGCAUCGCUUUCUUUUGUGCAACUGGUAG